GCCGCCCAGUGCCGGGGCCGCGCGCCCAGCCUGAGCCCGCCCCGCCGCCGAGCGUCACGAAACCUGCUUGAAAUGCAGCCGAGGAGCCGGGGCGGGCGGCAGCGGCGGCGGCGGCGGCGGCGGCGGCAGCGGCAGCCCCGGCGCCGCGGCGAGAGCUCAGCGGGCUGAGACGCGGCGGUGGCAGCUGCAGGGGGCGCGGGCGCGGCGGCCGGAGCCCGAGCCGCCAUGGGCCGCCCAGAGCAGGACGCGCUCCGGCCGCUGGCGCUGCUGUUCCUCCUGCUGCGGCUCCAGCAUCUCACGGCGGCGGAACCCCUGCGCGGUGGCCAAGGGCGGGUCAAGGAGUGCGAAGAGGACCAGUUCCAGUGCCGGAACGAACGCUGCAUCCCCUCCGUAUGGAGAUGCGACGAGGACGAUGACUGUUCGGACAACAGCGACGAGGACGACUGCCCCAAGAGGACCUGUUCGGACAGCGACUUCACCUGUGACAACGGCCACUGCAUCCCCGAGCGAUGGCAGUGUGAUGGCGAGGAGGAGUGCCCCGACGGCUCGGAUGAGUCCCAGGCUGCCUGCACCAAGCAGGUAUGUCCUGCAGAGAAGCUGAGCUGUGGACCCACCAGCCACAAGUGUGUGCCCGCCUCGUGGCGCUGUGAUGGGGAGAAGGACUGUGAGAGCGGAGCAGACGAAGCUGGCUGUGUCACCUUGUGCGCCCCGCACGAGUUCCAGUGCAGCAACCGCUCUUGCCUGGCCGCCGUGUUCGUGUGCGACGGCGACGACGACUGCGGCGACGGCAGCGACGAGCGUGGCUGUGCUGACCCGGCCUGCGGGCCCCGCGAGUUCCGCUGCGGCGGCGACGGCGGUGUCUGCAUCCCCGAGCGCUGGGUCUGCGACCGCCAGUUCGACUGCGAGGACCGCUCGGACGAGGCAGUCGAGCUCUGCGGCCGCGCAGGCCUGGGGGCCACGUCCGCGCCCGCCGCCUGCGCCACUGCCGCCCAGUUCGCCUGCCGCAGCGGCGAGUGCGUGCACCUGGGCUGGCGCUGCGACGGCGACCGCGACUGCAAGGACAAGUCGGACGAGGCCGACUGCCCGCUGGGCACCUGCCGUGGGGACGAGUUCCAGUGUGGGGAUGGGACUUGUGUCCCUGCAAUCAAGCGCUGCAACCAGGAACAGGACUGUCCAGAUGGGAGUGAUGAAGCUGGCUGCCUGCAGGAGUCAACAUGUGAGGGUCCCCGCAGAUUUCAGUGUAAGAGUGGCGAGUGCGUGGACGGCGGGAAAGUGUGUGAUGCUCAGAGGGACUGCCGGGACUGGUCGGAUGAGCCUCUGAAAGAGUGUGUUCCGCCAACAUCCCGGGCAAACAGGAGGCGGCCUAGGGGACUGAACGAGUGUCUGCACAACAACGGUGGCUGCUCCCACAUCUGCACCGACCUCAAGAUCGGCUUUGAGUGCACGUGCCCAGCGGGCUACAGGCUCCUGGACCAGCAGACUUGUGGCGACAUUGAUGAGUGCGAGGACCCAGACGCCUGCAGCCAGAUCUGUGUCAAUUACAAGGGCUACUUUAAGUGCGAGUGCUACCCUGGCUAUGAGAUGGACACACCGAGCAAGAACUGCAAGGCCGUUGCUGGCAGAAGCCCAACCCUAAUCUUCACCAAUCGGCACGAAGUGCGAAGGAUAGACCUGGUGAAGCGGGACUACUCGCGCCUGAUUCCUAUGCUCAAGAACGUUGUGGCGCUAGACGUCGAAGUGGCCACCAAUCGCAUCUACUGGUGUGACCUCUCCUACCGCAAGAUCUACAGUGCCUACAUGGACAAGGCCAGCAACCCGGCAGAUCAGGAGGUCCUCAUUGACAAGCAGCUACACUCGCCAGAGGGCCUGGCAGUAGACUGGGUCCACAGGCACAUUUACUGGACCGACUCGGGCAACAAGACCAUCUCAGUGGCCACAGUGGAUGGCAGCCGCCGAUGCACUCUCUUCAGCCGUGACCUAAGUGAACCCCGGGCCAUCGCCGUCGACCCCCUGCGAGGGUUCAUGUAUUGGUCUGACUGGGGGUACGAGGCCAGGAUCGAGAAGGCUGGGCUCAAUGGCGUGGACCGGCAAACACUGGUGUCAGACAACAUUGAAUGGCCCAACGGAAUCACCCUGGAUUUGCUGAACCAGCGCUUGUACUGGGUAGACUCCAAGCUGCACCAGCUGUCUGGCAUUGACUUUAGUGGGGGCAACAGAAAGAUGCUGAUUUCUUCCCCUGACUUCCUGAGCCACCCUUUUGGGAUAGCUGUGUUUGAGGACAAGGUGUUCUGGACAGACCUAGAGAAUGAGGCCAUUUUCAGUGCAAACCGGCUCAAUGGCCUGGAAAUCUCCGUCCUAGCUGAGAACCUCAAUAACCCACAUGACAUUGUCAUCUUCCAUGAGCUGAAACAGCCAAGAGCUGCAGAUGCCUGCGAGCUGAGUGCCCAGCCCAAUGGAGGCUGUGAGUACCUGUGCCUUCCUGUUCCUCAGAUCUCCAGCCACUCUCCCAAAUACACAUGUGCCUGUCCUGACACAAUGUGGCUGGGCCCAGACAUGAAGAGGUGCUACCGAGCACCUCAGUCUACCUCAACUACAACGUUAGCCUCCACCACGACGAGGACAGUGGCCAACACCACGAGAGCCCCUGGGACCACGGCCCACAGCCCCACUGACGAGAACCGCAGCACAGAGACCCUGAGCCUGGCAGCUGCAGUCCCGAGCUCAGUUAGUGUUCCCUGGGCUCCCAGCAUCAGCCCGUCUACCCCAAGCCCUGCAACCAGCAACCACUCCCAGCACUAUGGGGAUGAAAUUGGCAAGAUGGGCUCAACAGUCACUGCUGCUGUCAUUGGGAUCGUUGUGCCCAUGGCGGUAAUAGCCCUGCUGUGCAUGAGUGGCUACCUGAUCUGGAGGAACUGGAAACGGAAGAAUACCAAAAGCAUGAAUUUCGACAACCCAGUGUACAGGAAAACAACAGAAGAGGAGGAGGAAGAUGAACUCCACAUAGGGAGGACUGCUCAGAUUGGCCAUGUCUAUCCUGCAGCAAUCAUCAGCUUUGAUCACCCACUGUGGGCAGAGCCCUGUCUUGGGGAGACCAGAGAACUGGAAGACCCAGCCCCUACCCUCAAGGAGCUUUUUGUCUUGCCGGGAGAACCAAGGUCACAGCUGCACCAGCUCCCGAAGAACCCUCUUUCCGAGCUGCCUGUCGUCAAGUGCAAGCGAGUGGCAUUAAGCCUUGAAGACGAUGGACUGCCUUGAGGAUGGGACCACUCCCUUCGUGCCUCACGGAGUUGAGUCCCAUGCACUACACUCUCUGGAUGGAAGGGUUUCUGGAUAUGGGUCUGUGUGAGUGUGUGUGUGUGUGUGUGUGUGUGUAAUUUUUUUUUUAAUUUAUGUUGCAGAGAGGUAACCACAAAGUUAUGAUGAACUGCAAACAUCCAAAGGAUGUGAGAGUUUUUAUAUGUAUAAUGUUUUAUACACUUUUUACCUGGUUGCACUAUCCAUGAGGAAUUCAUGGAAUGGCUACUGCUGAGUGACUAACAUGAUGUACGUAACCAAACUGGGCCGAUAGUACAGUAGCUUACUCAUCAUUUUAAAACUAUAUUUACAGAGGAUAUUUGAUUUUAGGGGGACUUUUUAGGUUUUGGAGUUUGGGGGUUUUUUUUGUAAAUAAAAUGAUUAUGCUUUGUGGCUAUCCAUCAACAUAAGUAAAAAAAAGAAAAACACUUCAACUCCCUCCCUCAUUUAGGUUAUUUAUUAACAUAUUUCAAAAAUAAGAUUAGUUCUAUAAAUAAUUUAGAAACAUGAGAGUAUUUAUUUUUGGUAUGAUUGGCCCACCACAUGGACUCCGUACAUUUAUGUUUAUGUGUGUGUGUAUAUGUGAAAGAGAGAAAAAUCUGUAGAGAAGAGGUAUACCUAUGGCAGUUGUUCAAAUGCAUAAAGAUAAGUUUAUUUUAAAACAGUCCGCAAGAGGGGUAUCUAAUUUUCAGAAAGCCUUUGGAAAUUUGGCUCCAAAAACAGAUGCCAUGGUUUUUACAAGCAUGUAGUGGAAAAGGCAGAUCUUUUCCACCUCCGGCUACUCCUAGGAUCCCAAUCGGUCAGGAAAAGGCUUUCGGUUGACACACGGCUUCUGUGACUCCCACCUGGGCUUUUUCUUCUGUGGCUGAGGCCUGUGUACAGGCUGUAAACAGUGCCGGAAGUUCUUGUGAGUUCAGGUGAGAACAUGCCUGAAGCUCGGCUACUCCUUGUUUGAAAGUUUAUCAUUUCGAGUAACUUCAUUUUCCUUCAGAACACUUGGGUUGAAUUCAUUAAGUUUCCUCUGAAGCACCCUGACGGUGCCAUUCUUCCUUACAGAGAGAUAAGUGGAGAUGGUUCUAGAACAGCCCAAGUUUACUCCAGGGACUGGCUCAGGCAGUGAACCUCUGAGAUAUGCUAUAGAUGAGGAAAAGGAUGGUAGAAUAAGUUUUGUUACAGCUCUAUUUCUCCCUUCCCCUUACUCUCUACCACUUCCUUUAGGUGGGGAAAGCAUUUAAAGUAAUACAUAGGUUUGUUACCAUCAUGUGUCCAUAUAGAUGAAACUAAAUUGUGGCUUAAGUCAGAAAAACUGGCCAAAUGUAAGGUCCCAUUUGAGGGGGAAAUGGCAUACACAAUAUUAAAGUAUGUUGGAUAUAUAUGUUCACACAGGGAUUUGGUUUACUGCUUUGUAAAUAAAAGGAAAAACUGUG